AUGUCUGAAUCAACUAGCACAAAUACUCCCAAACCGAGUAGCAGCGUCAAGCUGGUACUUUUGGGUGAAGCCGCUGUGGGAAAGUCCUCACUGGUGCUGAGAUUUGUCAACAACGAUUUCCAAGAGAACAAAGAACCGACUAUCGGAGCUGCAUUCCUCACCCAAAAAUGCUCUCUGCCUACGCGAACGAUCAAGUUCGAAAUUUGGGAUACCGCCGGUCAGGAGCGUUUCGCCUCGCUCGCUCCCAUGUACUACCGUAACGCCCAGGCGGCGCUCGUGGUUUAUGAUGUUACCAAACCGUCCUCUCUCACAAAGGCUAAGCACUGGGUUGCGGAACUCCAGCGACAAGCUAGUCCCGGUAUUGUGAUCGCUCUCGUUGGUAACAAGCUGGAUUUGACAAACGACGGGAACGAGGCGGCCGGGGAGUCGCCCGCUGAUGCCGAGGGCGAAUCGUCUACGGCCGAUGCAGAUGAAACCGCCGAAGAACCUCAGGAAGCACAGGAUGUCACUUCCGGUGAUGCUCGGAAGGUGCCUACACGGGAAGCUAGCGCCUACGCGGAGGAAGAGGGUCUCUUGUUCUUCGAGACCAGUGCCAAGACGGGCACGAAUGUCGUGGAUGUCUUUACUGCGAUCGCCAAUGCGAUCCCGGAGAGCAGCCUGAAGAGCGGACGAGCAGGUGGCGCUGGCACGGGCCAGACUAGCCUGAACAGCGGUCGUCCGGCCGAAGACUCGCGGGUCAACCUUGGGGAGCGUGGUCCGGCAACUGCAAAGGAAGGGUGUGCCUGCUAA